AUUAUUAUUAUUAUAUUUGUUUUUCCUUUUACUCUCUCUCGUCUCUACUUUUGUUUCAACGGGCGACGAUUUUCGAAACCAAAGAAAACUCUUUGUUUCUCAGGGGACGGAGGUUCCAUUGGUGUUGAACUUAUUUCAUCGCUUCCUUCAGCUCCACUUCGAUUCCCGCCACUUCCGUGCGAGAACGGGAUUUUGAAUUUUGGAGAUGGUUCUAGGAGUAGAUGGAAGAGGCGAAACAAGAAGAGUGUUGUCUCGAAAAUAAACAAUCUACGGCUGCGACGAGUUCCUCUGUAUCUGAAGGUAGUGCCAGCGCAACUGCCAAGUCUCCUGGGAUGUGUAGUCCAGCAUCAACAUCUCCUUCUCAUCGGAGGACCAGCGGCCCCAUUCGUCGAGCUAAGGGUGGUUGGACACCUCAAGAGGAUGAGACAUUGAGAAAUGCUGUUGCAGCCUUUAAAGGGAAGAAUUGGAAGAAAAUAGCUGAGUACUUCCAUGAUAGAUCAGAAGUUCAGUGUCUGCAUAGAUGGCAGAAGGUUCUCAAUCCAGAUCUUGUUAAAGGGCCAUGGACUCAGGAGGAGGAUGAUAAAAUUAUUGAACUGGUAUCCAAGUAUGGGCCUACCAAAUGGUCUUUGAUAGCAAAGUCUUUGCCAGGUCGCAUAGGGAAACAAUGCCGGGAAAGGUGGCACAAUCAUUUGAAUCCAGAUAUUAAGAAGGAUGCUUGGACAUUGGAAGAGGAAUUGGCCCUCAUGAAUGCACAUCGGUUACAUGGGAACAAAUGGGCUGAAAUAGCCAGAGUUUUACCUGGAAGGACCGACAAUGCAAUAAAGAACCAUUGGAAUAGUUCCUUGAAGAAAAAGCUAGAUUUCUAUUUGGCGACUGGGAAGCUUCCACCAGUUGCAAAAAAUAGUUCCCAGAAUGGUGCUAGAGAUACUACUAGAACUCCACCUACUAAAAACUUCCUUCCUUACUCAAGUAAAGGUUCAGACUCAACUGCCCAAACAUCAUCAGGUAAUACGGACUUCCAUAAGUUGGACGAGAGUAGCAAGGACCAGAUAGAGUCGUCAGCACCUCCUGAUGAAGAUAUGGUUGCUUCAACAAGUGGUUAUUUGAAUGAGUCUGCUGAUUCCAGACAUGUCAAAUGCUGGCCGGGACCCUUAAAUGUUAUGGAUCCAAGGUACAGGAAAUCUGGGUCAGCACGAAAGAAUGGGACUAAGACUCGGGGAGAGUCAGACUAUGAGAUUAGCAAAUUAGAUGAAGAUAAAGUUACACGAACACCUCUGAGAUUAGAAUCUCCAAAAUAUGGUUCAUUGUACUAUGAGCCACCCCGGUUAGAAAGUCGUGUUCCAGUAGAUUCGGAGCUUUUAAGCAUGUACAUGCAUGAGACAAAUAAUAGUUCAAUUACUUCGCCCAUUGGUAUCUUCACUCCCCCUUGUGUGAAGACCAGAGACUUGAGUCUACACAGUCCAGAGUCAAUAUUGAGAAUUGCAGCUAGAAGUUUUCCCAGCACUCCUUCAAUAUUACGAAAGAGAAAGACAGAAACUCGAAUUUGUCUCCCUCCUAAACAGAUGCAGGAAGGGGAGACAGAAACAAUCAAUAACGUCUCCCAGGAAUCUGGUCAAGAAGAAACACUUAAUAAUAGUGGCAGUAUGAUGGAUUCACCAAAUGGAAGCUUAUGUGAGAGUCCUAGUAACAACGAUCAUAGCCCCAGCAGGUCAAACAGUAAGGCUUUCAAUGCAUCUCCUCCAUACCGGUUAAUAUCCAAGCGAACAGCUAUCUCAAAAUCCGUGGAAAAGCAACUUGAAUUCGCAUUUGACAAGGAGAUGAACAAUCAUACUAUCAAGUCAGUAGAAUCAAAUGGGAUUUCUUCCAGAUAGAGGAUUCGCUAGUAAACAUAAUGAUGGCAAAAUCUGAACUGCUGAGCGAUGUAAUGAAGAAUGCUGUCCAUAUCUUUAGCGUUUCUUGAAGCAGUGACCGGUGACGAAAAUCGAAUGCUUUGUUCAGAGCCUUCGUACAUAUAUUUCUUAAACUUAUUUAUUUUACAAUUGCAGAUAGGCCUAACGUUUUUCCAUUUUUUAGUGUCCACGUGAACAUGUUUCAUUAUACACCGACGAGAUUCGAAUGGCUAGAAUUAUGGUAUUUAUGAAAUAAAAUUUGAUUCUUCUAACUUGUAAAAAUUCACACUUCAAUGAAGAAAAACUUCUACAAUUAUGAA